GGAGAAAUGACCGGAUUCAUUUGAUCAAGGAUUUACCGAUAAUCGUAUGAAUCUUACACGUAAAGCUAUUAUGUGUGCAAAAGUAGCAGCUGUAUUGUCACAGAGUGUGUGGAUGGCGAGUGUGAAUCUGUAGUGGUUGGCAUCCAGCGUUGCGUAAAAUGACGUCAAUUGGUGCGUAACAAUUAUCUGAGAAGACCGGAAGACCAUAACCGACAUCUUUAAGUUUCGCGUAUUUGACACUGUCUUAGGAGAAAUCAGAAUCCGGAAUUCGAGACACGCAACUCGAUCUUCAGCACGUAUCGAUUUCAGUGGCCCGAUCGAACGUUGGUUCUUGCGAUCUUGUUAGACAAGUCCUUCAAUUGGUGACCUAGACAUUUUCCACAUUCCAGCUGGAUUAUCAUUUUUGCACAGCGGCUAUUGAUUAUGCGUAUAUUGAAAAUUAAGUUUCAUCCAUCGUCAGAAACUGUAUCCUUGAAUUACAUAGAACGUAUUCUUCAUUUAAUGCAGAAUAUACGUAGCGCCACAGUGGGAGUGUUUUCUUGUUGAAAGACAGAAAAUGUCGAGGUCUUGAUACCGCUAUCGUGGCGCACACUGUUUACCAUGAAUUACGCUCGUAUUUCUCGAGUGUUCGUAACCUUUAUUUUGAAAAACUUUCAUGGAACAAGUAGCCGCGAUGCACGCCAGACGUUCUGUAUUCAAUUAAUUUAAAUGAAAUUGAUAUAAUAAGGGAUGUACGUCACGAUCAUUAACAUAGCUAAGUUUUCACUGUUAUGCUGCAGGAAACCAGAGCGUUUUAAUCUUCAUCAAAACUCCUACGACUUUGCAUAAAAUUCAUCAGCGGUCCAAAGUGUACUGAAAAUCUGAUAAAAGAGCGAGGCAAGAACCUGCAUAUCUCAUAAAUCAAGCGCUCCAGUAAAUCCUUCCGCACCGACUGCAGCAAUCAAAACAAUAAACACGGUUGCAAGUCCGUAUGACGCGUAUCGUUCAUUUGUUUACAAACCCGAUAAGGCUUUGUCCUGGGUCAAGGUUGUUCCGUUUGAUAAUCCAGUUCAGAUAACGGUAACGUAAUUCCUGGACCUUGAGUACGUCGGCAAGAGAGAACGUCGUGCAACGAGGAUGACUCAUUUUGGAGGAAGGAUAUGGCGAUGGAAACAUAUGAGCUGUAGAAACAAAGAUGGACGGACUGUUCGUCACUGUCGAUUUAACACUUAAUUAUUACAACUAAUAAUUGCUGUGGUAGAAUAAGUAGCAAUUUCGUUGCAGUCUCGUUAUAUUGCCAUCGAUAAGCGGAAACAUUGCGGCUCACAUGUGGUCGUGCAACUGAGUCAUACAAUGACUAUAUGUACUUUGAAUCAAUCCUCUGGUUCUAUUAUACAAUUAUUUUGUUAUUCUAUUUCAUUCCUCUACUACUAUAAUAUACUGUAAUAUAUUUUAAUAUACCGCAUCGCUAUUUUGCAGAUAUCAAUGGCAGUAUAACGCAUGGUGAUAUAACAUGUGAAACACUUGUUAAAAUCAGGAGUUAGCGAAUCGAUAGCCGUUCUCAAAAUCUGCGUCCGCCUGCAAACGUAUCACGUGCUGAUAACACGAGAUAUCACAGUUAUCGUAUUACGUCAAAUAGUUUAUUUUAAAACGACUUUCAGCGUUCCUCAAAUUAGACAUUCAGAUUAACCUGCGAGGGUUAGUUGUCGGAAGUAGCGACUGUAAUUUGGGAAUACCCAAUUGUCCCGUAACGCUCGGGAGAUUCACGGAAAUUGGGGCGAGUAACCCUGAAUACCCUGUGAUGCCGGUCUUGUGAAGCACCCAAGGAGAACUGGUUUCAGAACUCAUCAUCGUCGCCUUCUAUUCACCAAACAACAUUCCAAAAUAGAAAGCCGAUUAUCGAGAAUUGUGACUAAAUGUCGUUCGAAACUACUUAAAAAUCUGCAACAAUUCGUCACUGUUUAGCCUUUCGCUCCGAGAAUUCCUUAAAUAAUCUGUCGAAUUCUCUUUGAACAGUUCAUAAAUUAUUUCUUGAUUUUAUUAAAAAAAAAUAUCGUGUAACACGUAUGUUAAAUUAUUUUUUAAACGUGCGUUAACAGGGUGCAUCCCUCGUUAUUAUCUGUGCAACUCUAAAGAGAGACUUUAGAGCGUGAGGGAGAGCUAGGUAGCAAGCAGUACCAGCAGCUCGAACUGCUCACAGCUAAAUAUAUCUCUCUCUAGAGUUACUCAAGGUCACAGCGCUCGGAUUGGCCCACGAUAAAACGGAGAGCUCUGUGCCCGUCCCUCCGGCUACUGCUUGGCCUUAUGCUUCGUCCGCACACGCGUUCUAUCGCACCGUGGCCCACAUGUCGUAUCGCGACGAUGUCGUUUACCAUGCUGCAUCGGAACACGUGUUCCUAUAGAACGCGGCAAUAGUUCGCGUGCAACGCAUAUUUGAAAUCUGCGAUAUCCCUUUCUAUCUCCCUUCGCUUCACAUUCGAAUCGAUAGGUAUUUUCUCUAAAAAGUUACUGGGAAGAAUCUAUUUAUUACAAAUUCAGUUUAAUUUUAUACCAAGGUUACACUAAAAAAAUAGUUUUAAUGUUUAUAGGUUUCGAUGGAGUUUUGAAAGUGGUAAUAAAAGGAGUAACAGCAAUAAUGUAGCUAUACAACGCAUAAACGAUGUAUGACGAUAUAAAGUAAUAUGCAAAGCAGGAAAUGUGGAAUAAGGCAAUAAUUCGAAGGUAAAAUGUGAAAAAGGAAAGAACGAAGCGGGAUAGCACGGUACGUGACGUUAUUAUUAUUCCACGAACUACGCACCGACUUCCGGGUAAAGAGUAGACACGAAAGAGAGUGUGACCUGUUGCUGAGGACAAAUAAUUAGCGGGUUGUACAGGCGGCUCUUUGGAAACAAGCAACCCAGAAAUGCAUAGAAUCCGAAGGGCGUAUAUACCGUGAUGCAUGCAGUACCGUGUAUCCGGGAUCUUGCAGACAAUGGCGCGUCAACCUCGUCAUAAAACGAGACUACGUUUCCAUUCCCUUCAAUUCCAUUUAUUAAUUUCGAAAAGCUUAUCAAAGAACGACGAGUUCACGAUCGUUGGAAACUCGUUUGAAUGGAAAAAAAAUGUGUUGAAAGAUAGUUUUGAAGCUUUUGAAAAGCACUCGUUGAAUUUAAAGAGGGCCGCUAUAUGGGUUCGACGUUGCUGAUAACAGCCGCGCUCGUUCCACCGCUGAAUUUGAGGUUAGGUGAUUGUCCGGGUGUGCGGUAAGCAUCGAUAACGGCACGUUGCAACCUCGCGUUCUGGCAACACACGAUCUGGCAACCCUGCAGCGGUCGACAGUGCCGGGGUUGAAUUUCAAGCGCCCGAGGGACAGAGGGGGUCGGGCCUCUCUCUUUUGUAUAAGGGGCACGAGGGCUUCACCGAUGCUCGGCACAUAACGGUAUCAAAAUGAGCUUCCAAAGAAGAUUAAAUCACGCGGCAAGGAUGCGCAUCUCAACCACGAGGAACUUGUGCAAACGAUGAAAUGGAAGCAAAUACGUGGGAAAUUCUACCCCCAACUGUCGUAUUUAGUCAAAGUGAACACACCACGUGCCGUGAUGGCGGAAACGAAAAAGGCGUUCAAAAAACUUCCAAACCUUGAACAAGCGAUCACAGCCCUGUCGAAUCUAAAAGGAGUAGGAACCACGAUGGCAUCGGCUCUAUUGGCAGCGGCAUCGCCGGAAAAUGCACCAUUUAUGGCCGACGAAUGCCUAAUGGCAAUACCAGAAAUCGAGGGCAUCGAUUACACCACCAAGGAGUACCUUAACUUUGUUCAACACAUUCAAAACACCGUCGAGAGGUUGAACAAACAAAGUGAGUGUUCACUCUCGUUCGUUCAACCGUCAAAUGGCAAAACAUGGAGUCCGCACAGGGUGGAGUUAGCGUUGUGGACCCACUACGUGGCGUCCGAGUUAAAACCAGAACUCCUCGACGGCAUUCCAGGUUCAACAGAGAACGGUAAUUCUCAUCCGGCAGCGAGCAACGGCGAAGCGACGGAACCGUCGGACGACAGUAAUCAGGAAGUGGCGGUGAACGGUAAGGAACUAGGCAGUAUUGAUCCAGCGGCCAUCGACGAGAACAGCAUGACCACGUCCUUCACCGAAGACUCGAUGGAUAAACCCGCUACACCGAUUACAGUGGGCGUAGCCAGCGAAGACACGAACGAUUCCCUCGCAACGAACGAGAACGACGACAGCAACAACACGCCACGACCAACGGACAGCGAGGACACCGAAGACUCGCAAGACGUCGUACAGGAGCCGCCUACGAAGAAGAGUAAGAAGUGACCCACCUCGAGCCAAGGAGCCACGAAUACGAGCAACAACGUCACCAACCUAAUGUCGGCCGCCAAUUUAACGCUGAUCGCGGCGAGGCGCUUCUAAAAAACCGCCAGGGUCACCGAUCAGGGUCGCGGAUAGUAGACUUUCUUCUUGUACCUCACCAUCAUCAGGCCCCGCCAUCACGUUUCCCUUUUUUCCGGAUCAUGCUCCCUCUCCUUUCUAUUCUCGAUUCAUUAUUUAUCCCAAAUACUCGGUUACUUUCAUACACUCGCUCCUUUCGUCAUGGUCACGGCACCUCGCCUUUCUACGUCCUUGUCUCUGUGUGGAAUAACGUAAUUCGUAGUCGAUGACGAUGUGGAAGUCAUUGUGUAAACACCUCGCUGGUUUUUCUAUCGAUUCGAGACAGAAACAAGAGGCGAAGCUCGACCGAUGAACAUUACUGUACAAAGCGUUUCUUCUUCUUCCUUUUCCCUUUCUUUGCUUUGGUUACAAGGUUUCUUGCGUUCUUGUUACUCACGUUUUACGAUCGUAACUAUUCUAGUUAUGUCGAGUUUCAUGUUUCGAUGCUUGUCUGAAGCUUUCUCUCUUGUUCUGCCGUAGUUUCUCUUUUUAUUGUAGGGGACACCGUAACCGCAGCUUUUCGUUCGUUGAUCGAGACGAUCUUGGUACUGCCUUAUCAGUGACCCAUUUCCGUUGGUUACGCGUUAGCGAAAAACAAACGUAGCCUUUAUUUACCAGAGAAAGAUCAUUCCUUUUUAUCCGCGAUUUGUAUACCGUGUUCAAGGGCCACUGAAACAAACACACACACACACACACAUAUACGCGCGAUGUUAACGUGUAAAGCGAUUUGUGUGUAAAAUGAGAAUGAGAGGGAGGGAGAGAUAAAGAGAGAAUGUAUUAUAAAAAUUCGGGUAUGAGAGAGAGAUCGAGUAACUGAUCCUGUGACCAGCAAGAAAACAAAAAAUAUCGGCGGUACACCGAAACACAAUGAUAAUAUUAAUAUUAAUAAUAAUAAUAAUUAUUAUUAUAAUUAUAAUACCGAAUCAUUACCAUAAUUUAUAUACCUAAAAGAAAAAAACUGCAUGUCAGAGUGAUGCAUGGAGCAAAACCAAAUACCUUGUAAGUAAAAAAAAAAGAAAAAAAAAAUGAAAAAAAAUCUUUAGAAACAAAUAAAAGUAACGCUUUUUUGAGUCCAUCAUGAAAAACGUGAAAAUGAGUGGCGGCAGACACCCGAAACACACGACACACACUCUCUCACACUUUACACACACACAAGUAUACACGUCACGUCGAGGUUCUCAUGUACAGGGAUUUAACUAGUAUUUUUGCAUUAUUGAUGAUUAAUUAAUCAUUAUCGAGGAUGAGGCGCGAACGAAGAAGACGAACCACGAUUAAUGAUCGCAAAUGAACGAUGAACAA